CUCUUCCCCAACGCAGGUGGCCUCGCGAGAAUAUAGUCAAGCGACAACGAUGACGAAAAACGUAUGCGACCGCCUGUGUAUCCCAUCUGCCGAAUUUAAGAACAUUACGCCUGGAGGAUGUUGCGGGGUUAGACUGCCGACAACCAUAUUCGAUUAGCAGCAUACAGGAUGUUUUCCCACUGUGUGGCAAAACUGCGGAGAACGACGUGACACUGGUUUGCCUCACCCAACUGUCACCUCUGCAGUGAUCAUUUUGGUAAAGACUACUUUGAGUCCAUAUCACCCUUCGGGGUUCCAAAACUGAGAGCCGGGGCGGUUCCCACUGUGUUUGUACGCCCGCCGUGCCUUCCUGCUAUCAAACACGGGAGGAUGAAUUCAGAACCAAAAGAAUCCAAUAUUACAACUCCUUCGCAGAUAAAAAGCAACGAAAUAGUACCAUCAGGGUCACAUCAUACAGAUGGGCCAAGUGAUGAGGAACGUCAGAAACAAGGAGAACAAGAGCAGCCUAAAGAAGAAACAACGGUGUGCGAGAUGUGUGGCGCAACUGGCUGCAGUAGCAGCUUUUACUCAAAAAGCAAGCGUUUCUGUAAUAUAACCUGCGCACGCUCCUUUGCUUCCCGCUUCAGGAAGGUAGCUGGACUUACACGCCUGCAGGAAAAUCCCCUUACGAAAAAGCCCAAAGUCUUGAGGAAAUUUAUUAAAGCUCGCUUGGCAGAACUGGAUGCACCGGUUGCUAUUUUUGAUUGGGGUGACUAUUUGGAGAAGGAAACGUCCUUGGGGGCGUCUGUCUCCUGCUUCAGACACGUUCCAAUGUGUGCCCAAUGGGACGACAUCAGUGUUGGAAUGAAAGUAGAAGUUCUGAACAGUAAUGCAGUCCUGCCCACGAAAGUUUACUGGAUCGCUACCGUCAUAAAAGUUGCAGGAUACAAAGCCUUGUUGCGAUACGAGGGCUUCGAGCAUGACAGUAGCCGCGAUUUCUGGUGCAGCCUCGUUUCGGGUGAGCUGCACCCCAUUGGGUGGUGCGCCAUGACCGGCAAGCUCCUGGUGCCUCCGCAAGAUGUGGACAACAUCCUUGACUGGAAAGAGUAUCUGAUGAAAAAGUUGGUGGGGGCCCACACUCUGCCUGUUGAGUUCUACCUCAAGCUGAGCGAGAGCCUUAAGCAGGAGUCCUUCAAAGUGGGCAUGCGCGUCGAGGUGGUCGACCCCAAAUACGUCAGCCGGACCCGCAAGGCCGUCAUCGCAUCCAUUACUGGCGGGCGCCUACGCUUGUUGUACACGGACCAGAGCGACUCCCCUGAAAACGUCAUUACGGAUUUCUGGUGCCACCAGGCUAGUCCUCUCCUGCACCCGAUUGGUUGGUCCAAACAAGUGGGUCAUGACAUCAAAACACCCAGUGUGAAAUCUCCAGGUGCUGGUUUGAAGGGUAAUUGUGACAGUACAUACAACCUCUUUAAAAAGCCUAGAUUUGUCUUCAUGGAAGGAUGUUUUUUUGAGGAGGGAAUGAAGAUAGAGGCCAUUGACCCUCUAAACCUGGGUAGCAUCUGUGUGGCAACUAUACACAAGGUGCUCUCAGACGGCUACCUGAUGGUCGGCUUCGACAGCGGGCCAUCGCUGAUUUCGGACUGGUUCUGUUACCACGCCUCGUCUCACGCCAUCCUACCCAAAGGCUUCUGCAGAAAGAAUAACAUCCCUCUCACCGUGCCGCGAGGUUUUGAUCCCAAGACCUUCACCUGGGAACAUUACCUGAAGGAGACCAAUUCAACAGCUGCACCUCCACAUCUGUUCAACACUGACUUCCCGGGUCACGGCAUCUCCCCCAACGUGAAACUCGAAGCGGUGGACCUGAUGGAGCCGCGGCUGGUGUGCGUGGCCACGGUGAAGCGUUGCGUGGGACGCCUGCUCCUCAUCCACUUCGACGGCUGGGACGAUGACUUUGACCAGUGGGUCAACUACGAGUCCCCCGACCUCUACCCCAUUGGAUGGUGUGAGCUCAUCGGCUACCAGCUCCAGCCGCCCCCUGGACUUGUCGUGGAAAACCAAGCGGUCCAGGCAAAGAAGCCAAAGCUGCCUUUGUUGAGGAAAAAAAAGCGGAAGAACACAAAGAAGCGCUCGCACCUUCUUCCUCACGCAAAAGAGGACAACGGCGACGAUGACGAUCAAAAGCCGCCUUCGGGCAACGUGACCGUCCCACCGCCGUCGAAAAGGAAAACGGCUCUUCCAAACAUGCCCCCGGUUCAACCCAAAGGAGAACCAGAAGAGCAGGAGAUCGCUACAGUGGAAGUGAAAGUGGAGGAGGUGGAAAUGGAGACUCUGAUCUCCAAUCAAACUACAACAUAAGGCUGCAAUUCAAGAAGCCUUGCAAGAGGGAUUGCGGAACAUCAGGUGAUGCCUGGUGGUUUUUAUGUAUUUAUUUUUUCGUUUAACCUUUCUCCAGAAAGUGUGCUGAGGCCCACAUGUGGAAUAGAGAAAACCAGACACAAUGGGCUGGGAAGUUUUUCCUUGAUUGUAAUGUUUUUUUUGUUUGUUUGUAAUUCAAUAAGGGCGGCCCGGUAGUCCAGUGGUUAGCACGUCGGCUUCACAGUGCAGAGGUACCGGGUUCGAUUCCAGCUCCGGCCUCCCUGUGUGGAGUUUGUGUUCUCCCCGGGCCUGCGUGGGUUUUCUCAGGGUGCUCCGGUUUCCUCCCACAUUCCAAAAACAUGCGUGGCAGGCUGAUUGAACACUCUAAAUUGUCCCUAGGUGUGAGUGUGAGUGUGAAUGGUUGUUCG